GAUGACCACAGGAUUACGUUAAGGGUUGGAGAACUCACAUAUAACUAGGGGAGAACUGGAUAAAUCACAGACAUACCAGCUGGACUGUGGCAGAAGAGAGAAAAGCAGCAGAAAUGUACAAGAAUGACGCCGUCUCUGGAGGUCUGGACACGGGGGACAAUGAAUACACAAAUGAGAUCAUGUUUAGGAGGUUACCCCCUGUACCAAUGAUGGUGAACACGGGACCAACAGAAACGGGCAAAGGUUAUUCCUGUUUUCAAAAGAAAUGGUCCAGAACAUCCAAAGUUUCCCUCCUUGUUGUGAUGGCUCUGCUCUGUAUACUCCUUAUAGUCGUGGGCGUCCUCUUGUCAGCUGCCGUUGUACAAGCAGAGAAAGGAAAGCAGAGUAAUACGACGAUACCAGUGAAUGAAUUGCAAUUUCUAAGAAACAAACUCGAUAAAUUGAGAGAAAUCACCACACCUAAUCCCAAGGAUAUCUGUCCGAUAACAUGGAACAGAAUAGGCGACUCAUGUUACCUUUUCUCUUUUAAACAAGAAAACUGGCUGAACGCUGUCGCUAGCUGCAACAAGCAACAAUCUAAGCUUCUUAUUCUAACUGGUAAAGAGGAAAUGGAGUCCUUGCGACCUUUGAUGAAUGGAAAAGCGUUCUGGAUUGGCUUGAUGAAAUUCUUGUCCAUAUGGAUGUGGUUGGAUGGAACAACUCUAACGUACAGCAACUGGAGUCCUAAUGAACCAAAUAACAAUCAUGGGAAUGAAUUCUGUGUAGAGAUGAAACCUGAAGACUGGAAUGACCUGAACUGUGACAUGAAGAUGAAUUAUAUCUGUAAGAAAUGAUGACCCUAGGGACAAUGCUAGGCUAGAGCAAUCUAAUGGCCCCGACGGACGAUGAGAAGGAAGAUCAGACAGUUUUGAUCGCUGGUGCCGAAAGAUCCAGGACACAAAGCAAAAGACAUAAAUACAUGGUGGCAGAUACUAGAAAUGCCGAUGAGUGACUCUACGGAAGUAUAAAAGGGUUCUUCAGAGACUCCAUGGAGCUUCUGUGGCUGCCUAUACACAUACGACAAAGUUUUAUUCCUAAUUGUGUAUUCUUUUUCAAUGUUAAAUAGAAUCUAAAAGGACUUCAUAUAGGGUAUAUAAUGGUGUAGCAUUG